GUGACGUCAUAUUGCUGAUUUGUUCUUGCUGACCAGAAGCACAUGAUCAAGUGUGUUUACACAUGCAGUGACAGCAGCCAUAUCGUUACAUAGCAUUACUGUCGAGUCCGAAGAGGACAAGCUGUGGCGAGUAGAGUGUUAUUUGUUCAGCGGUAAACUUGGUAAGUCGGCCUCGGUCUCAGGUUCUUGAGACCAGGAAACCAGCCCUCUGUCCACCAUGGGCGAGACAGAUGUGGAACAGGUGACCCUGGCUCUGCUUGAUGCUGCCAAUGACAAAGACGCUGAGGUCCAAGCUCAGGUCAGAAAGUCAAUGCUGACUCUGGGAAAAGAACAGCCUGACAGAGUGCUUGCAAUGUGUCAGGACUACCUGCUGAAACACCCAAAGUUGGUAGUUAGCCACAGAGUUGUGAUUCUUCAAACCAUUGAGCUGAUUGUUGGCAGCAGGAUAGAAGCAAUCACGUACCCGAGGAUCAAGAGCAUCAUCUCCUUGGCCUCUGAUGAGAUGACGCGAUCAAAGGAAGUUGUCCCUGACUGGCAGCAGGCAGCCAGUAACAUCAUGGUUGCUGUAGGCAACAAACACAUCAAUGACAUAAUGGAGGAGAUACUUAGUAAAUUUCAACCCGGAGUUUUGCCUCACUUUUUUGUGGUCCAGACAUUAGCAAACCUCUCGGAUUCUAACGUUUAUGGCAUGGUGCCUUUCCUGAAUGCUAUUCUUGGUACCAUGUUGCCCAUGCUGAGCCUAGCUAAACAAGACAACAUGAAGUGGGUGUUCUCCUCCGCUCUGUGUCAUUUCAGUGACAGUAUCCUGGAGUACCUUGCCAACCUUGACAAGGCUCCAGAUCCCACAGUCAGGCCAGACACAUUCUCCAGUGAAAUUUAUGCUGCCUUUGACAUCCUCUUCAAUAACUGGUUGCAAAGCAGAGAAUCAAAGUUGAGGCUAACAGUAGCUGAGGCAGUUGGCUCGAUGUGCCAUCUGAUGGCCAGCGAUAAAUUGGAAGAGCAGAUUGCCAAACUCAUUCCUGCCAUUCUGUCCUUGUAUAAAAAAAACAAUGAGCACUACAUCAUUAGCAAGAGUCUAUGCCAGGUUCUUGAUGCUUCUGUCAACAUGGGCAGCAGGGUGCUAGAGACACAAUUGGACAGUCUGCUUUUUGCACUCCAUCAACAGGUGUCCAACUCUGUUGAUUACAGUAACCCUCCUACAGUCAAGAAUCACAAUGAGGUUCUGCGUUGCUUCAGUUUGUUAGCCAAUGCUUUCCCAGACCGACUGGUAAUGUUUGUUCUGCAGAAAUUAGAAAACAGCAAUGAAAGGAACAGGUUGGGCUCCCUGGCUGUCCUGCGUCACCUUAUCAAUUCCAGCACUUCCAUGAUGGAGACUAAGAAGCUUCUUAUUCUAGCUAGCAUCAGGCAACCAAUGGCUGACCAUAGCAACAAGGUUAAGAAGCGUGUGGUCCAGGUGAUCAGCGCCAUGGCCCAUCAUGGUUAUCUAGAGUUAGACGGAGGAGAGUUACUGGUGCGAUUCAUAGUCCAACACUGUGCCUUACCGGACACAUAUCAAAGGGGUCAGAAACCUGAAGACCCAGAAGAGGUAACGAACGAGGCACUGAGGUCAAUGUGUGACAACACCCUUCAUCUACUGACCACAACUGUUGGACGACUGGCUGAUGUGCUAUGGCCAAAGCUCCUCAACUAUCUAACACCUUCACAGUACAACAAUGCCACCACUCCACUGUGCAGGAGUCUGAUUGUACUUGGUAACAAGAAAAAGGAAAACAAGGAGCCCAGCUUUAACAUUGACUUUACACAGGAAGUCAAUCUGCCAUCUCCUCAAACACUGAUGAUCAAACUGUUGAUGAAUGCAGCAUUCCCAUUCAGUAGCAGAGGUCAUGGAGCUCCAUCACUCGCCCUCCUCCAAAUCCUUUCUGUUAAUAUUCACCGCAACACAGAAGCUCUCUGGGACAAAGAGAUUCCUCCUUUGCUGGCAGUACUGGAGGAGUCGUCGGCCGAGAGUCUUGAUAAGAAAAGUUGGCAUGAAAAUGUGCUGGAGAUCCUGUCUAAAACAUUGCUUGCUGUUGACGAUGACAAGUGGGUGUGCCAGUUGGCAGCAGAAGCAACAAGAUACUUGUCCACGUAUAACAAUGCUUUGGAGGAAAAGAGUUUCCUGUACCAAUGUAUUGGAGUGACCCUCCAGCAUUCUCUCAAUAAAGAGUUUGUUAAAAAACAGUUGCAAGAAAUCCUCCUGACAGCACGACACAAUGAUGCUGUUGAAAGAGAGGGUGUGGCUCUGGGCAUCGGGCGGUGUGCAAACAGCCAUCUCGAAGGAACUCUGGCCAAACUGGAAGAGUUUGGAAAAUCAGAUGCGUUCAAGAAAUCACCAAGCAUCUUUAACUUACUCAAAGAACGCAACGAUGUUGAGCUGGAGAAAGUGAAAAGCACAUUAAUCCUUUGUUAUGGUCAUGUGGCUGUAAACGCUCCUCCAGAAAAGAUCCUGAAUCGUAUUGAUCAAGACAUUCUUCGCAGUAUCAGUAAACAUUUCAACACUAAGGUUCUUGGAAUUAAAGUAGAGACAAAGGAUCUGACAAUGAAACUGAGUUUGAUCCAGAGCGUUGGACUUGUUGCAAAAGCCAUCAGUGAGUGUGUCAGGAAACAAGGCUACGUCUUCACUCGCAAACAGGAGCUCAUUUCUGUCAUGCUGGAUUUUAUUAAAGCGGAACCUGCUGAUGCACUUCGGACUCCAGUACGCCACCUGGUGAUGAGCACCUGUGCCAACCUCAUGCCUCUAGACCCAACGCUGAGUGAGAAUGAGAGUUUUGACUUGCUGAAGGUGUGUGUGAACAGUGUAUUCUCUUUACCACUUGAGACGCACACGCCAGAAAAAACUAAAGAGGAGGAAAUCUUGGACCCCAAACAAAGAAAGGCCUUGUACAAAGACACCUCGGCUGCACUGCAUGAGUUGCUGAACAGUGUGCUCACCAAGGAUCCCACACCUGAUAGUUUACAGAGUGUUUUUAAGCACAUUGAAGGCUGGUUGAGCUCACCACAAGACUACGAGAGAGAAAGAGCUAUCACAGCCACUGCUGGCAUGCUGACUCACUACCUGGACAAAAUGACAGUAAAGAACAUGGUGUCUUUCCAUAACCUUGGAGCUCUGCUGGGUCGACUGUCUCCACGCUGCUCCGACCCUCACCUUGUUGUACGCACCACAGCUAUUGACUGUAUAUACACGUUGCUGUCUAUCCAGCUGCGCUAUGAAGGUUUCUCUCUUGACUAUAAAGAUGAAGCUGUGGAUGGGCUAUUACUUCUAAAAGACAGACUAGAAAACCCUGACCAUUCAGUUCUCUACAAGACCUGCUCUGAGCUUACCUGGGUGAUGAGUAAGCGUCUACCUCAGCAGCAGCUUACCACCUUGGUGUUCAUGUUGUUUGAGGGGCUGGUCGACAGUCAGACAAACUGCUGCAGAGCUUCAUCUGUCAUACUCAACACUCUGCUGAAGAACCGAGGAGGCGGACUCCAAGAGAUGGUACCAGAGAUGCUGGAGGUGCUUCAUGUGCAACUGCAGAGCAUCACUGAGGAGCAGGUGAGAGUGGCAGUCGGGCAGACUGUACUAAUCCUGGCAUCUCAACAUCUCCAGACUGUUGUUAAUACACUAAUUAACCAACCACUUCCAUAUGACAGUUGGACCAGUGAGAUGUGGAUGGCUUUGGGAGCAGACCCCGUAGUGGCCAAUCAGAUCAUUGAAAUGGUAAUGGAGAAACUUGCCGUCAUGGCGCCCUAUGUGGACAAGAAAGAGUCAAUGAUCAGAGGAGGAACAACCAAGAUGGCUACACAUAAGCCACUCGCUAUGACAUGUGGUGUCAAAGAACUCUUAUUAAAUGGACAGAGCCAAGAGCCAGCACUAAGUCAGUUCCCUCAGCUCUUUUCCUGCCUCACCGUCAGAAUGGGAGCUAGCGUUGGUGUGUCGGCACCUAAGGAUAACAACACAAAACAUGCUGCCUCCGUCCACGUUGCAGGAGUUGCAGCUGAUGCACUCAGAAUCUUGCUAGCGAGAGCCCAGUUAGAUGAGGUGAUGAGAAGACUGGACGACGCUAAUGCUUGGGAUGCAAUGAAGGAUCAGAAUACACACAUAACUGGAGUCACGCUACUAGCAAGGGCGAUGGCGAAACACGCUGGCCCCAGGUUGCCUGCCAUUGUGGAGUGUCUGUGCCCGUCCUUGAACAACAUCUAUGAGUGUCAGCGAAUCACCGUCACAGCUUUCUUUUCUGAGCUCUUGAACCAUCAUGUGGCCACAGAGUUGAUGUUGAUUGACGUGUUGAUGAACAACAUGAUGGAAAGGAUAUCAGAUCCUUGCUCCACUGUCCGCAUGUUGGCCGUGCGGGGGCUUGGCAAUAUAGCUGUCGGCUCACCUGAAAAGGUGAACAAAUAUGCCAAAGAGCUGCUGGCAGCCAUGAGUUCAGGCAUGGAGGAGAAAGAUGAUCCAGGCAAGCUGAUUACUCUUGAGGCCAUGUCAGGUCUGUCUAAAGUUCUCGUCUACCUGGACAAGAAGAAUAUCCACCUACUAGUGGUUUAUAUCUUCAUGAAGAUCAGGCCAUUUUUGGAGAGCGAGAAUGAUGAGAUCCGCUGUGCUUCCAUUCAUCUCAUGGGGAACCUGUCCAAGUUUGGUUCUGGAGAGCCAGUGUUCAAAGACCAGAUCCACAAUGUUCUUGUCAGCCUGCUUUUACACCUGGUUGAUCCAAACCCACAUGUAGUCAAGGCAUGUAAGUACGCGAUGCGUGUGUGUGCUCCGAUGGUGGGCUCGGAGCAGAUCACAGCCAUGUUUCAGAAUCAUCUCUACGAGGACAAGAGCUUACACUACGGGGAAUUCAUCAAUGAUCUCACCAAGUACCUGAUCCAGGACUUUCCAGGCAUGCUAAACUUCUACCACAUCUCAGUCCUCCAGUUCUUCAAGAGCAACUGGUCUGAAGUCCGAGCCGGCGCAGCGAUGUUCAUAGGGUUUCUGCUGGGGAACCUUCCAGAGGAGCAUUUCUCCCAUCUCAAUAUGGGCACCAUCACUAAAGGUCUUGUGAUGCUGCUCCAAGAUCCCGACCCCGUGGUGAGAGUGAAGGCUGCAGAGGCUAUGGGACACUUCCACUGACACAAAGCACUCCUUUACUUGCAAGUGUUUGCCCAUCACCGAUCACACAGCCACACCGACGAGGUCAUUUAGUGCAACUCUAUGUGAUAUUAGUCAGGAUAGUACUAAAGUUGCAAAAACCACAGCAUUCAUGCAGUGACAAAAGACAUUCCAUCUUAAUGAACUCUUGCAAUUCCACAAACGCGUCAACACCGAAACACACUUUGCACUUGAACAAAUUGUAGCUUUAUUGAUCUUGAUUUAUCUCUUGACUUACAGUACUUCUAGAGUUGGAACAUUUUAGUAACCAAAGACUGCAGCAGAGUGAUGUACUCGUCACACACAUGCAAUUAGUUGUUUUUUUCAAUAACAGACACACACUGUUUAUAGGGAAAAAAUGAUAGUUUCUUCAAAUAAUGUCUGAAUGACACAUUUGUGAGUAGAUAUACGGUGACUGUUUUACAUGAGUGUGAGUUUAUUUGCUUAUGAAAGUCUCUAAUUCAUGGAAAAAGUUGCCAUAUAAAGCCAAACGUUAUGACAUUUCACUUUGUUUUUGGCUUUAGUUGCUGGGUUUGAGCUCGUUUCUUUUCUUUUCAUCAUCCAGCCAAUCAUCUUCUAAGGAAAGCUGAUGUAUAAAAUAAAAUCAAGUAGGCCGAUUGGGACCAGAGGGGGGAAUGUUUGAGCCAUAUUGGUGCCAUGCAACAACUCAAGUGCCACCACUACAUAGCAUUAUUGCUCCUCAAUGAGCUGUUUUGUUUUGUUUUUUUUUCAAACACAUUUCUGAAACUAUUAUUAUUACGUAAUAAAUGCCGUCAGUAACAUAGCAGCCAAUGGACAUCUUAGAAUAAUGUAAUAACACCUCACAAUUCAUAGAAAAAUGACUAAAUAGACUAUGAUGGGGUGUUCAUUGACGGUGUGUUAAAACAGGCCUGGUACUUUUCAUGCCAAUUUGUAUAUUAUAGAACAUAUUUUUUUAAUGACCCUCAUUGUCACAAAUGGAAUGCCUUUUAUGUGUUUUUUUUUUUUUUUUUAUUUUUUUUUUUACAUGUCACAGUUUGCGUUUACGUGUGCUUGCAUGUCAGCCUUAUGAUUUGCCCUCGCCCCGCCCAUUGACUGCUUUCAUUUUGCAUUCCUAUCCGAAAGCCACUAGCAGCCAUGUAGUCACCUUUUUAGGUUUUAGCAGCUGCUUCAUUAGUGAAUACACAAUAUUUAUGAAGAACAUGCACACAUCUUUUCCUGGAUCUGUAUUUAUUUAUGGUGAUGUUAACAGGGGCGCAAAGCUUGUGACACUUUCCAACAUUGUUCCAAUGCUGUUUGGUCGUUUAAGUAUUUGGACUUGUUAAUAUAAUGAUGCUAAUUACUUUACAUGUUUACAAUAUUAUGCGAGUCUAGCGCAUUAAAUAUGAUUUACCAUCGUACCCUUCCCGCUGUCACGUGAUCUCGCUAUUACAAAUGGCUGAAUGUGUGAAAGAAUGAGCGUGUUGCAUGUGCGUAAAAUAUAGAAAUAAAGACAUACAUUAAAACAUGUAGUU